CCCCCGUCAGCCACUCCUCCCCUGUACAUACGACGCACAGUUCCAUGGAAGGGUCGCCUCCUCCUCCUCCUCCUCCUCCUCCGGCCGGCGCCGCCGAUCUCGGCGGCUCCCAGUUUCCGGGAAAGCAAGGACCGGCGGCCCCUACUCCUCCUCCUCUUCCUCCGGCCACCGGCGCCGCGGCAGGCGUGGGGCCGAAGCUCCAGCUGGGCCGCCAGGACUCGGGCGCGGCCCUCCUGGGGAAGUACCAGAUGGGGCAGCUCCUUGGGCGGGGCAGCUUCGCGAAGGUGUACCGGGCCACGUCGCUCGCCGACGGCGCCCCGGUGGCCAUCAAGAUCAUCGACAAGACGAAGCCCGUGACGUCCGCCAUGGAGCCGCAGAUACUCCGGGAGGUGGCGGCGAUGCGGCGGCUCCACUCCCACCCCAACAUACUCAAGAUCCACGAGGUGAUGGCCACGCGGACCAAGAUCUACCUCGUCAUGGAGCUCGCCACCGGCGGCGAGCUCUUCUCCAAGAUCGUCCGCCGCGGCCGCCUCACCGAGCCCGUGGCCCGCCGCUACUUCCAGCAGCUCGUCUCCGCCCUCCGCUUCUGCCACCGGAGCGGCGUCGUCCACCGCGACAUCAAGCCCCAGAACCUGCUGCUCGACGCCGCCGGCGCGCUCAAGGUCUCCGACUUCGGCCUCUCGGCGCCCGAGCAGCUCCGCGACGGGCUCCUCCACACGGCCUGCGGGACCCCGGCGUACACCGCCCCGGAGGUGGUCUCCCGCCGCGGCUACGACGGCGCCAAGGCCGACGCCUGGUCCUGCGGGGUCAUCCUCUUCGUCCUCCUCGCCGGCUCCAUGCCGUUCGACGACCACAACCUCGUCGCCCUGUACAAGAGAAUCCACACGAGGGACUACAAUUUCCCCGAUUGGAUCUCCAAGCCCGCGAGAUACAUAAUCUACCAGCUUCUCGAUCCGAACCCCAAAUCAAGAAUGAGCCUCGAGGAUCUCGUGAAGACUUCCUGGUUCAAGAAAUCAUUGAACGCGAAGCCCCGGUCCGAUCAAACCCCGACCGCCGAACCCGAUAUGCCUGAUGGCAAGCACCACGCGGUCGGGACGAUGAACGCCUUCGACAUAAUCUCGCUGUCCUCGGGGCUGGACCUGUCGGGGCUGUUCGAGGCGACGACCGGUGCGAAGGGGAAGCGGUUCACGUCCAAGGCGUCGGUGGAGGCGAUCGCGGAGAAGGUCCAGGACGUCGGGAGCAAAUUAGGGUUUAGCGUGGAGAGGAGGAAGGCGGGGAGCAUAGGAUUAGGGAAGGGGGUCGGGUCGGUCCUGACGGUGGAGGUGUCGGAGAUCGCGGAGUCGCUGUUGAUGGUGGAGGUGAGGACGGUCGGGAACGGCGGAGUGAGCCUCGAGGAGGUUCAGUGGGGGGAUUGGAAGGCGGGGCUGGAGGAGAUCGUGCUCUCGUGGCACCACGACGGGGUUUGAAGGCGGCGCCGCCGCCGCCAGCACAGGGUGGAAGUUCAUGGAACCUUGGGAAGUGAUGAAAACAUUUAGGAAAUUUUUUGGGGGUGGGAUGGACUAAUCUUGAGGAGAGAGUGGGGGAGUUAAUUUUUGUAUAUAGGGUGGUGACAAUUCGUUCAUGAUUAAAGAUUUUUGUUGUAGAUUUCAAUCUAUUAGUAUGAUGAGCAUAUCCCGGUUUCAUGGUUUCCUGAUGGUAAAAUCCUUGGUUUCUGAGGAGCAAUUCAGGAAUUAUGAACACACUUGAAUGUGCAACUUCUCAUCCUUCAUUGCAUGCCCACCAUUUGCGUCUAAAAGCAAAUGAUAGAGCAUGGCCCUAACUAGACGUCACCGGUAACUGGAGCUAUUCCUUCAAGCGUGGCUAAGAUGGAUUUCCAAAACAGAUGGCUCGGAUGUGAAGUUAGCUUCUAUUGGGUUGUUAGAUGAGAUAAAUUUGGCUCCUUUUAGUGUGACUAAAGUGGAUUUCCAAGACAAAUAGCUCGGAUGUGAAGUUAGCUUCUAUUGGGUUGUUAGAUGAGAUGUAUUUGGCUUCCAUGACAUGACACCACAAGGAUGUUUGGCCUGCCCCUUAAAAUGGUGAAGGUAGGUAUACCGGGUUGUUUGGUUAAGACUAUCGCCGCCUUGGAAGACUUUUAUGACCGGAAAGGAAACUCGAAUUUCGAAAGUACAAGGAGGAGCCCCCCAUGGCUCAAGAAGUCGAGGUUUAACUACUGGUGGGUCCACAGAAGUUUCUUUGUGCUUCUGUGGGCUCCAUUAACAAGUUGAAAGAUCCAAAUUGAAGCAACAGACUCCACAAACUUCUUCAGGGUGCAAGCAGAGUUGCAGAGCUUGUGGGAUUCCUCAAUCCCAAACCUCCCUCACGCUUUGGAGAACAAACAUCAUCCAAUGAGACUCUGCGGAGCACUUGCUUUCUAUUGCUUUGACAAUCUUCUGGCAGCAGUAGUUAAACCAAGGAACAACGGAUUUGGGCCAAAGAACGGGAAAGAACUGGAGACAAAACUGAUUUCAUUUGGUGGAGAAUCUUAAUUCUUAAGUAGCUUAUGCUAUUUCUGCAAGGUAAUCUUCUUAUACGUUGAUUAUUUCUCGACUAUAACCAUUUUUAAGUAGUUUGAGAUAUGAGCCUCGUAAUGGGAACAUAACAUUUUGAUAUAGAUCUCCUUAAAAAUAGCUCCCACAAAAUAGAUAAUAUGAUCCUGCACAAUGCGCAGAUAAAUUCUUGUUAAGAAAAUGGGCAGAACCAUAAUGGUAAAAUGAUCUACCUAUUAUCAUUUCAAUGCAGUUUCUCCAAGCUUUCAAGUGA